UAGCCUUGGUCCCUCCCCUGGACUCACCCUUCUACUUCCAACUCAGCAGUCUUCAGAGCUUGGCUAUAAUUGCCGAAGCUACAGGACUUGCCUCCGGCCCGUGCCCCUGCCCAGGAGCUGGGUAAUCUGGUCCUGCUGGCCCCUGCCCUCCAUGAAAAGCAGCAGCCGGCACACUUUCCUGGAGCAGGUGCGCGAAUGUUGGGACAAGGGCUACCUGCUCUCCUCCAAGAAGAUCGGCUCUGGGACCUUUUCCAAAGUCUACCUGGCCUAUGCCACACACGAGUGCAUCCAGAACAACCCCAAGCUGGCUUCUGAUCUGCGGGGCAAGCACCACACCAUGGUGGCCAUCAAGAUCAUCUCCACUGCCAAGGCCCCCCCAGAGUUCUCCCGGAAGUUCCUGCCACGGGAGAUCUCCUCCUUCAAUGCCACCUAUAAGCACCUGAAUGUGGUGCAGUUGUAUGAAACCUACCAAAACAGCGAACGCUCCUAUUUGGUGCUGGAACUGGCAGACCGUGGUGACUUGCUGGAGCACAUCAACAUGGUGUCAGCACAGCGUUACUCCCCAGGGCUGGAGGAAGAGGAGGCCCGCAGACUGUUCUGGCAGCUAGUCAGCGCCAUUGCCCACUGCCACAAUACAGGAAUCGUGCACCGGGACCUAAAGUGUGAGAACAUUCUGCUGGAUGACCGAGGCUUCCUGAAGCUGACAGACUUUGGCUUCGCCAACCAGGCAGUGACAGGACCCAAGAGCUCCCUGCUGAGCACCUUCUGUGGCUCAGUGGCCUACACCGCCCCCGAAAUCCUCAUGAGCAAGAAAUACAAUGGGGAGCAGGCUGACCUGUGGAGCCUAGGUGUCAUCCUUUAUGCCAUGGUGAUGGGGAAGCUGCCCUUCAAGGAGCGCCAGCCCCACUGCAUGCUGCACAUGAUGCGCCGGGGCCCCACCUUCCGGCCAGGUCUGUCCACAGAGUGUCAGGACCUGAUCCGGGGUCUGCUGCAGCUGUGCCCACUCAAGCGGCUGGAUCUGCAGCAGGUGGCCACACACUGCUGGAUUCUGCCCAGCACACACACAUUCUUCAGUGCCCUGCUGGAACUGGCACCAGAGAAGCUGGUUGAUGAGGAACCUGAUGAGGAACUCAAAACUCCAAGGCCAUUCUUGCAGUCGCAUCACCUCCAGUGGCAGGGUGUCCCCCAGGAGAGGCUUGCCUCAGGCCAUAAGCCCCUUGAAUCCUGGCUGAGACAAAGUGCGGACUCUGCUGGGCUGGGACUUUAGAGCUCAAUGGCCACUCGCCCCAGGUACUACCAGGCAGCCACUGCCUCUGGUCUCCAAAUCUGCCUUCGGGGGCACAACUGGGCACUAUCUGGUCAACUGAGGGCAGGGCGCUGCUAGAUAAAGAGUUUAUUUUCAA